AGCGGAGAAGCCGCCUGCGGGUGGUGUCUGCGCAUGCGCUGCGGCCGGAGCGUCUGCUAACUUUUCUGCGCUAAACUGUAGGUUACUGUGUUAUAUUUUGCAAGAAGUGCUGAAUUAGCAGGUGUUCGUUCAGAGACCAUUUCUGUGCCACAACAAAUAAAGUCUCUGAAGCUGUGGGAAGAGAUUGAAAAUCGACAUCCUAGGUUAGCUGAUGUGAGAGAUCAAGUCAUAUUUGCUGUUCGUCAGGAAUAUGUCCAGCUUGGAGAUCAGCUCCUCUUCUUGCAGCCAGGUGACGAGAUUGCAGUUAUUCCCCCCAUUAGCGGAGGAUAAUAUCUCUGGGUUGUUAGGAGAAUCUAUGAGUGCAAUUGAAGAAAAACCUAAAGAUAUAAUCAAAUUUACUCUUGAGAAACUCUCAGUAGAUGAAGUCUCACAGUUGGUGGUUUCUCCUGUCUGUGGAGCUGUGUCUCUGUUCGUGGGGACUACAAGAAAUAAUUUUGAAGGGAAAAAAGUUGUUAGCUUAGAAUAUGAAGCUUAUAUGCCAAUGGCAGAAGCUGAAGUCAGAAAAAUAUGUAGUGCUGUUAGACAGCAGUGGCCAGUCAGGCACAUAGCUGUGUACCAUCGGCUUGGCUUAGUUCCAGUAACAGAAGCAAGUGUAGUCAUUGCUUUGUCUUCAGCACAUAGGGCUGCAUCCCUUGAAGCUGUGAAAUAUGUUAUCGAUACAUUAAAAGCCAAAGUUCCAAUUUGGAAAAAGGAAAUUUAUGAAGAAGAAACAUCAUCUUGGAAAAGAAACAAAGAAUGCUUUUGGACAAAAAACUAAUUUUUACUAAGUGAAAAUUUGGUUUUAAAAAUUGCUCCAUUUACUGUAAUUCAAUGUUGUUUUUCCUUUAUUUCUGAGCCUUUUUUAAUCUCUCUGAAGUAUUAUGAUAAAGUGGACAGAAUUGGACUUUACAUAUAACUCUUACUAUACAUUUUGACUAUUGUAAAGUCAUAAUAAUCUCUUAGAAGCUCAUUUUUAUCAUCUUUUAAGCAGAUAAAAUACUGCUUAACUUACAGGGUUAAGAGCAUGGAAAUGUUUGGUAAACUUUGAAAAUGCUAUGUAAAUUUAAAGUUAGUUUAAUUCAACAAGAUCAUGAUAUUUUGCCAAAGACAGGUUCUUUCAUAGCAUUCCAUUGAGAUAGCAAGGAGAAAAUAUGGGGCGAGGUGGGAAGCUUUAGUAAUAAGAGAAGUUGAGAGGAAUAAAGACAUGAUUAAGAUUUACAGAGUGUUAAGAAAAAUUCUAUUACCAAGCUAAUUUUGUGUCUGCUUGUAGAUGUGUGUGUGUCUUCUUUCCUCUUACUUAUAUGUUCUCUUAGAAGAUCAAUAAUGACAUAGUUGGUAAAGUUGGAAUGGAGAUCCCAGUUUAGUUAUUUUCUGUGCUAUUGAAUUGGAGGAUGAAAUCAAAGAGCAAAGAAAUUUAAAGUUGAGAUAAAUAUUUCAGAUAGUAAAAAAA